AGAAUUAGAGAAUAAAUCCUCAUGAUACUCAGCCACUGUCUGUGGUUGUUUUUUAUUCUUAUUUUUAUUAUAAUUUUUAUUCCCUUUUUUUUGAAGGGUUUCUACAGCGCUGGUGUAUUGUAUUUAACCGGUCUGUUUAGAUGGUGGUAAUGAAGAUGAGGUGAUAUUCGUAGAAGAGCGUCUUGUCUCUCCGUUUUACGGAUAUACAUUGGAUAAAAUUUGUUUCAUUCCUGGUCCGGGCCCGGGUCAUAAUACUGAUCAGAAUAUUCCCAAUAAUCCGGAGUACAGAUAUCCGAAUAAUCGGAAUCAGGCGAUUAGCAAAGAGCCGUUACGGCCAAUGCAAGAUGAUUAUGAUGAAGAUCUAAUAUUUCAAGGCCAACAGUAUACACAUCCCAGCGCUGCUAAUUUCCAGCGCAAUUUACACGAACAAUAUCUACGAUUCGCGAAUGAUGUGGACUCCCCAAUAGCGGCUCGUCAGAUCGAGAGAAAAACCAAAUCGAAAGACAUUGCACUAAAUAUAAAAUUCAUCAACAAACAAUUGGUAUACUAUCACAAAAUAAUACAAAUGCAAGCCAACCACAUUGACGCCGUCUAUGAAGCAUGGCACGAUGAUAAAGGUGGGCUCUGGGAUACACGACAACUUGAAAAAUGGACUGACAUAAAAUUGGUACAAAAAACAAAAUGUAUGGCCUAUAUCACAGAGCAAACAAAAACAUGA